AUGGCGGACCAGAGGAUGGACAUUUCUUCAACAAUCAGUGAUUUCAUGUCCCCGGGCGCCACAGACCUCCUCUCCAGCUCCCUGGGCACCAGUGGCGUGGAUUGCACACGCAAGCGGAAAGGCAGCUCCACCGACUACCAGGAAAGCAUGGACACAGACAAAGAUGACCCCCAUGGAAGGUUAGAAUACACAGAGCACCAAGGAAGGAUAAAAAAUGCCAGGGAAGCUCACAGUCAAAUUGAAAAGAGGCGUCGGGAUAAAAUGAACAGCUUUAUUGAUGAAUUGGCUUCUUUGGUACCAACGUGCAAUGCCAUGUCCAGGAAAUUAGAUAAACUUACUGUGCUGAGGAUGGCUGUUCAGCACAUGAAAACAUUACGAGGUGCCACCAAUCCAUACACGGAAGCAAACUACAAACCAACUUUUCUGUCAGAUGAUGAAUUGAAGCACCUCAUCCUCAGGGCAGCAGAUGGAUUUUUGUUUGUCGUAGGAUGUGACCGAGGGAAGAUUCUCUUUGUCUCAGAGUCUGUCUUCAAGAUCCUCAACUACAGCCAGAAUGAUCUGAUUGGCCAGAGUUUGUUUGACUACCUGCAUCCUAAAGACAUUGCCAAAGUGAAGGAGCAGCUCUCCUCCUCUGACACCGCCCCCCGGGAGCGCCUCAUCGAUGCGAAAACUGGACUCCCAGUUAAAACAGAUAUAACCCCUGGGCCAUCUCGGUUAUGUUCUGGAGCACGGCGUUCUUUCUUCUGUAGGAUGAAGUGUAACAGGCCUUCAGUAAAGGUUGAAGACAAGGAGUUCCCCUCCACCUGCUCAAAGAAAAAAGCAGAUCGCAAAAGCUUCUGCACAAUCCACAGCACCGGCUAUUUGAAAAGCUGGCCGCCCACAAAGAUGGGGCUGGAUGAAGACAACGAGCCGGACAACGAGGGGUGUAAUCUCAGCUGCCUUGUCGCGAUAGGAAGGUUGCAUUCUCACGUGGUUCCACAGCCGGUGAACGGGGAAAUCAGGGUGAAGUCUAUGGAAUAUGUCUCUCGGCAUGCCAUCGACGGGAAGUUUGUUUUUGUAGACCAGAGGGCAACAGCUAUUUUGGCAUAUUUACCACAAGAACUUCUAGGCACAUCAUGUUAUGAAUAUUUUCACCAAGAUGACAUAGGCCAUCUCGCAGAAUGUCACAGGCAAGUUUUACAGACGAGAGAAAAGAUCACAACCAACUGCUAUAAGUUUAAAAUCAAAGAUGGUUCUUUCAUCACACUGCGGAGUCGAUGGUUCAGUUUCAUGAACCCUUGGACCAAGGAAGUAGAAUACAUUGUCUCAACCAACACUGUUGUUUUAGCCAGCGUCCUGGAAAGCAGGGAUCCAGGCUUCCCGCAGCUCACGGUGUCCCCCCACAGCAUGGACGGCAUGCUGCCCCCUGGAGAAGGUGGCCUGAAGAGGACCCACCCCACUGUCCCAGGGAUUCCAGGGGGAACCAGGGCCGGGGCAGGAAAAAUAGGUCGAAUGAUUGCUGAGGAAAUCAUGGAAAUCCACAGGAUAAGAGGGUCCUCGCCUUCCAGCUGUGGCUCCAGCCCACUGAACAUCACCAGUACACCUCCUCCUGAUGCCUCUUCCCCAGGAGGCAAGAAGAUUUUAAAUGGAGGGACUCCAGACAUUCCUUCCAGUGGCCUACUACCAGGGCAGGCUCAGGAGCACCCAGGUUAUCCAUAUUCUGAUAGUUCUUCUAUUCUUGGGGAGAACCCUCAUAUAGGCAUAGACAUGAUAGACAACGAUCAAGGCUCAAGUAGUCCCAGUAACGACGAAGCAGCAAUGGCUGUCAUAAUGAGCCUCUUGGAAGCAGAUGCUGGGCUGGGCGGCCCUGUUGACUUUAGCGACUUGCCAUGGCCGCUGUAA